GUUCGAAUUUCGAAUUUUCGUACAGUUUUACCUCGCACUUUCAACAUCUAAUAUACAUUCAAUCAUGGAAAAGAACUUUGAAAGAAGUUCUGUUUGUUGUUGUUGUUGUUGGGAAUAUUUUGGAUUAAGAUCUAAACAUCUUACUCCUGUGAAUUCAGCCAUUGAGAAGACUGUUCAAACCUUUAUUUAUCCUGGUUACUCUGUAGAUGUUUGUAGUUAUCCUAGCAUGGUUUGUUCUGGUUGUCGGAGAAACUUAUAUUUGCUAAAAGCAGGGAAACAAUCUCGUGGAGUAUGGGGAGAGAAGGUUGCUAAGGUUGAAUGGAAGAUGCUGACCAGAACAUCAAGCUCUUCAUUAAUCCAGCAAUCGCCAGAACCAACUGUUCAAGCUUCUUCAGGGUCUAGCCUUUGUUCUGAAUGUCUGACUACUCUAGCUCCAGGGAUAACUCAUAACUGCAGUCCUUCAACUGCAGUUUUGAAUAUGAUUUUUUUGGCAAUAAGUCUCAGAUCUCUUCAAGCUGAACAAGUGGCAGCAGGUUUGCUCAAGAAUAAGAUGGAUAAGGAGAAUAUACAAAAAGGAGAAGUUUUUCUCUUGUCUACAGGUGGAAACAAACUUCAGGUUNUAAUGAUAGGAGUCGUUUCAUCUUUGGGAAACUUAUUGAUGGAUCUCUGGCCAGGGUUUGAUACCUGGUUAAAGCUACAGGGGGUUCUACAAAGAGGAUAUCAGGGCCGUGGUUGGGAUGGAAAUAAUUCUAACAAAAUUCUGAAGAACCUGGAUAAACUGGAAAGUAUAGUCACAUCUGAAGCUCCUCAACUUCUACAAAUUGUAAAAUGUUUAAAAGACUUUAAAGCAGUCAAAGAAGCAUGCUUUGGAAAGAACCUAGAGAAAGGUUUCCAUUGA